CCUUUACAAUGUUCACAAAAAACGUUCUGCGUGACAUGUGUAUGAAUAACUCACUGACAUUGUCAUGUUGCUAUGUAUAUUAGCGGCAAAUGCGGCUUCAAUGAGUUCUUUCUUCAAAAGUUAGCGAUAACUAAAAAUUUCUUUCUUUCAAAGAACUCUCGUUGAUAUCUUUACCGUAUAAGAGUCUUUCAGAGACGAAGGGGAACUAGUUUGAUGCAUUAAAUACAACUUUACACCGGUACGAUACAGCUGGAGAGAAAUAAUCGGGACCUUCACUUAGUUAUUUUGAUUCUCUCUCUCUCUCUAUCCGAAGUGGAUAAAAGUAUGAUGAAAUAAUGUUUAUGACAAAAUGCUAGUUUUAUAGAGGAAAGGAAUAGGAUCUUCAAGUACUCAUACCUUUCCCAACGGCAUAAACAUAAAAGAAGUUUCAGCCGGGAAUUGAAUUAGUUAAUCAGCAUACUGGCAGAUUACCUCUUGCUCUAUGUCGUUCACCUACGUCGACUCCAGUGAUCAACUGGUAUUUAUUUUAUCGAUCCUGAAAGGAUAAGUCAAACUAGGCGGAAUUUGAACUCAGAAUCUAAAGCAUUUUGCCCAGCAUGCUUACGAUUCUGUUAGCUCGCCGCCUUAUGAUUGAUGAAAUAUUAAUUUAGUUCAAUGUACACAUGUCAGCCUCAAACCUACCAAAAAGUGAAGUUGACAGUCCUAUUCCCUCAAAUUCAUCAAACAGCCACACAUCUGGAAGUGAACAAGAUCCUUCUCAAAAACCUGCUUCAAAAUUGGAAACAUCCACAUCUGCAAAAGUUUCAUUUGAUUUAGAUGUAAAGAAAGAUGAAAAACCAUCUAGUAAAUUGUGCCGGGCAUGUACAGAUUUUAAAACCUGGAUGAAAGCACAACCUGCAAUAACUAAGGUAGAGAAAAAGCCUGUUGAAUGUCCACUUGAUAAAAAUGAGUUAGGUAGUAACACAUGGUCACUCCUUCAUACAAUGGCUGCUUAUUAUCCAGAUAAACCAACACCACAACAGCAACAAGACAUGCAUUCAUUUAUAAAUAUUUUUGCAAAGUUUUAUCCAUGUGAAUAUUGUGCAGAACAUCUAAGGGAAGAUUUGAAAACUAACGCACCAGACACAAGUUCUCGCCACAAUUUAUCACAAUGGUUUUGUCAUACCCAUAACCGAGUGAAUCUCUUGCUUGGUAAACCACAGUUUGAUUGUAGCAAAGUUGAUGAGCGUUGGAAAGAUGGAUGGAAAGAUGGCAGCUGUGAUUAAACACUAAAAUGACUUGUUAGACAUCCAUUAACUACCCACAAAUUGCUGGUUGUUGAUUAAAUUUGUGAUCAAAACAACAAACAAAACCUCAUCCAAUUUUGAUACAGCCUUAUUUGUUAUUUGAAAUUUAUUUGCAAUGUAAAUUUUAUAAAUUAGAUUGAGUAUACUUAGGUGUGUGUAUAUGUAUAUAUAUGUUUAUGAGGAGAGAGUGUGGAAGAUAGAAAGUAUACUUACUAGAAUAAUAAAAUUAUUUGAUAACAUUUUAA